AUGAUGAUGCCUCAUCUUUCAGAGGAUUUGGUAGAGGAGAUACUCUCUAGGGUUCCGGCUAUAUCUCUAAAACGAUUACGAUAUACUUGCAAACAAUGGAAUGCUUUGUUUAAUGAUCAAAGAUUCAGUAAGAAGCACCGUGAUAAAGCACCGAAGACAUAUCUGGGUCUCACAUUGAAGGAUUUUAGGAUUUAUUCAAUGAGCUCAAAUCUGCAUGGACUUCUUCACAACAACAACAUUGAUCUACUUAUGGAGUUCAAAGGUAAACUUAGCAGUCUAAACGAUUUAAACGAUUUCGAAAUAUCACAAAUCUAUCCCUGCGACGGUUUAAUAUUAUGCUCCACGAAGCGUAACACUAGACUCGUGGUUUGGAACCCCUGUACCGGUCAAACCAGGUGGAUCAAACGCAGGAAUCGUAGGAUGUGUGAUACCUUUGCUUUUGGAUAUGACAACAGCAAGUCUUCUUGCCUUAAUAACUACAAAAUCCUGAGGGUUUGCGAAAAAAUAAAAGGACAGCAGUUUGAGUAUGAAAUCUUUGAGUUUAGCUCUAAUUCAUGGAGGGUUCUCGAUGUUAAUCCCAACUGCAUCAUAGAAGGUAGGAGUGUGUCUGUCAAAGGAAAUAGUUAUUGGUUUGCUACAAUUACAAAAACACACUACUUCAUACGACGUUUUGAUUUUUCAUCAGAAACGUUUCAGAAACUUCCUCUUCCGUUUCACAUAUUUGACUACAAUGAUUCUAGGGCUCUAUCAGCCUUUAGAGAAGAACAACUCUCAGUGUUACAUCAGAGUUUUGAUACAGAAAAGAUGGAUAUAUGGGUGACCAAUAAAAUUGAUGAGACCACAGAUUGGUCAUGGAGCAAGUUCUUCACAGUGAGAUUAAUCAAUAGGUUAGACUAUCCUAUUAGCAUGAUGAUGAAGUCUCCCCUAAGUUUCUUCAUCGAUGAGAAAAAGAAUAUCAUUUUGUGUUAUGAUAAACACAGAGAAAAUACCUACAAGUCAUUGGUAUUAAUUGUUGGGAAGGAUAAAGUCUACAGAGAAUUCUACUUUCCAGAAUCAUACGAAUUAGGUAGGACAUAUCUAUGCAACUAUGUUCCAAGUUUAGUUCAAAUCAAGCAAAGUGGACUGAUAUCUACAAGGAAAAGAAAGCGAAAAGAUUUCUCAAGUUAA